GAGAGGGAUAAAGAGAGUGGGCGAUAAAGGACGCGGAGUGCAGCACGUAAGGCCAGAGGGAGAGCAGCGAGUUGAAGAGAUUUGAGGCAGACCCGGAAUAAUCCAUACUUUUAGUUUUUACCUGAAGACACCUGGGGAUUUAUAUCUGUAAAGAGCAGCUGCCAAAGGGGCCGGCAAAAAUGGAAGGCGAGACGGAGAAGCAGCUGCUACUGAGUGGGGAAAAACGCUCCUAUUCAGGGAUCCCAGGGAAGGAUUUACAUAGCCAGGUGUUCACUUAUAUAUCUGAUCUCAAUGGUAUUGAACUGGGUCAUCAGGGGAACCAGCACUGUCACUCUAACCGGGAACUGGAUGACUGGAAUGCCAAAGAGAAAAAAAGGGCUCGUCGAAAGCUGUAUGUGGCAUCAGCGGUCUGCCUGGUGUUCAUGAUCGGAGAGGUGAUAGGGGGGUACCUGGCACACAGUUUAGCAAUCAUGACAGAUGCUGCCCACCUUCUGACAGAUUUUGCUAGUAUGAUGAUCAGUUUAUUUGCUCUGUGGAUGUCCUCCAGGCCAGCUACUAAAACAAUGAACUUUGGCUGGCAUCGAGCAGAAAUUUUGGGAGCGCUCCUCUCUGUCCUCUCAAUCUGGGUUGUGACUGGAGUCUUGGUCUACCUAGCUGUGGAGCGUAUAAUAUCAGGAGAUUACGAGAUUGAGGGUGAUGCUAUGCUGAUCACCUCGGCCUGUGCAGUUGCAGUCAAUAUCAUAAUGGGGGUAACUCUUCAUCAGACAGGGCAUGGACACAGUCACGGAGAUGGAAACUCUCAUUCUCACUCACAUGCUGCUGGAGAUCACAAGAAUCCUAGUGUUCGCGCUGCUUUUAUUCACGUCGUUGGUGAUUUAUUACAGAGUGUUGGGGUGCUUAUUGCUGCCUAUGUAAUUUAUUAUAAGCCAGAAUAUAAAAUUAUUGAUCCUAUAUGCACAUUCCUGUUUUCUGUGCUGGUUCUGAUCACAACACUGACCAUCCUUAGGGAUGUACUUCUAGUCCUUAUGGAAGGAACUCCAAAGGGAGUGGAUUUUAACCUGGUAAAGGACACUUUGCUUUCGAUCGAUGGAGUGAAAGCUCUACAUAGUCUACAUAUCUGGGCUCUGACAGUCACCCAGCCUGUGCUUUCUGUUCACAUAGCAAUCAAUGAGAAUGCAGACUCUCAGAAAGUGCUAAAAGAGGCCAGCUCACAACUACAGAAUAAGUUCCACUUCCACACCACUACUAUCCAGAUAGAAAAUUACUCAGAUGACAUGAAAGACUGCCAAGAGUGCCAGGACCCUUCAGACUAAGGUUUGACCUUAAGGACUAUUUUAACCAUGAAGCCAUAAUUUCCUGUGAGAACAAUAUCUACCUCAGUACGGAUCUUCCUGCCUUACAUGGGAACUGUGACCAACUGUGCUAUGAUUCCAUUCUGGGAAUAAAUGCAGUGACUGAGAUUCCUAGAAGAACCAGCUGCGCUUGAAGAUGUCUGCUGGAAUGUAAUGCCUAUGCCCCUGUUAUAUAAUACAAUGCUGCUAUACUCAUAUAUGCAUAUCUAGAGACUACAAUCUGAGGAACAGAAACAUUUACAGAGUCCAGUUUAAUUACAGAACAAAUAAACAUUUCAUUUAACAUAAUGUAAAACAAAAUAUAUAUAUCUAUAUCUCCUUUAUUAAAGCACCCUUUUUAAUUUA